ACGCACACACACACACACACAAAUACAACCUCCCCACACCCACUGAUGGUGAGGGACAUAACUGUGUUGCCGUUCUUCAACAGGUCUGUUCACCUCAACCCAAUCUCCAGGAAACACCACUGACUAAUCUUAAUCUUGUUUUGUUUGUUGAUGGCUCUGCCUAUAGAGAUGCACAGGGAAUUAAUCGUACUGGUUAUGCUGUGCGCUCUCCUCAUGCCACUCUUGCCUCUGCAGCCCUCCCUUCACAUUUCUCUGCUCAGGCAGCUGACUGAAACCUGUAAACUGGCAGAAGAAAGGUUCUGUUACUAUUUAUGCAGAUUCUAGGUAUGUCUUUGGUGUUGUGCAUGAUUUUGAAUCUUUGUGGAAAAACAGACUAUUUCUCAAAUCUGAUGGUAAACCUUUUCUUCAUCAUGACAAAGUUGCAGCAUUGCUUGAUGCCAUUUUGCUGUCUAAGACCAUUCUGUGUGUAAAUGUCAAGCUCACUCUCACUGCUCUGAUCCUAUCUCUCAAGGAAACUCUCGUGCUGCUGCCAAGAAGGCUGCACUUUCCCCUCCUCCCACACUUUCCUUGUUUGUCUCCACUCCUGUCUCUGUUCCUAGCUCUCUCAUUGCACUACAGUCACAGUCACAGUUGCACCACAGGUGCACCACAGGUGCAACUGUGACUGACGACAUCUGGCUUGGACCUGAUGGAAAACCCUGCCUGCUUAAACAUCUCUUUCCCCACUAUGCAAAACUUGUUCAUGGACUUGAUCACAUCUCGAAAGGGGGAAUGUUGGACAUUACGAGUCAGCACUGGUUCACAAAAGGAUUUUCUGCUUAUGCUCAGAAAUAUUGUCAGUCAUGUAUGAUUUGUGCAAAUAACAAUCCAGGUAAAACAACACAACUCGCACAGGCUGCACAUCCUACACCUGACAAACUUGAUGAUGGAUUUCACUGAACUGACACCUGCUGGUGGUACGAAAUACUGCCUUGUUAUGGUCGACAUGUUUUCAAAGUGGGUUGAAGCUUUUCCUACUAAACACCCCAGCAGCCAGACUGUGGCUAAAGCAUUGUUAACCGAGAUUGUUCCAAGAUGGGGAAUCCCAGCCAGAAUCAGCCAUGAUAACGGUUCUCACUUUGUUAAUGCUGCUGUUCAACAGGUUGGAAAGUUUCUCAGAGUCGACCUCAGAAAACACUGUGCUUAUCAUCCAGCCAGUGGAGGAGUGGUGGAGAGAGAGAAUGGGACCCUGAAACUGAAACUCGUUAAAUGCUGAGAGGAAACAGGUCUGUCCUGGGUACAAGUACUGCCCAUUGUUUUAAGCUACCUCCGAAUGAGGAAAAGGUCAAGAGUUAACAUGAGCCCUUUUGAAAUCCUUUUUGGUCGCCCACACUCUCUGGGAGUGGAGUUUGCCACCAGACCCCUCCCCUCCACUGCACUCUGUGAAGAUGACAACCACCCAUACAGCGAUCAAGAUUCCUGAAAGAGUGACGUGGAUCCAUGCUAGUCACUGCAAGAAUAUGCCAAAUCCAGUGAACGACCCAACAUCACCUCUGCCUGUAGACGGUAAAACUGAUGACUAGUGACAUCUGACGCAAUUCACUUGCCUGCACACACUUGUACACAGAAGAAGACUGUGCUGAAUUCUAACAGUGUUAGAGCGUGAGCCAAGCGCCGCUCAACACUGCACCAUACAAUUGCAUACAGUACAUACAGUUCCUGAGAAGACACAUACACGACUACCUACAGGCUGCCAACGAUGGCCUUCGGAAGCCGGCUUUGAUUUGUAUUUGAUUUGAUUUGUAUAUCACUGCUUGCAUUUCUGUCUGCUCUCUCCUUCUCCAUCAUUUUGUACUUCACUCUCCUGCCAAACAAAACAGGUGUCUCUGAUGACUAUGACCCAACUCUGACCUCCUCUACACCUACCCCGGUUCCGAACAACACCACACUCGAUUGUGCUCUGACCAACACUGCACUCUGACGUUCACACCGAGCUGGACACGACGACUUUCCAAGAGCAUUGAAACACACAAACCUCUUCUCCUCUCCAAUCCAGUCUGUGGCAGUAAUGUAGCAAACUGAAGACAAAAUAUUCGUAGCAGUAGAAGAAGAAAAGGCGGAAUUGCAGCGGAUGUUUUGGGGGACAGCUGAUAGAGUGACUCACUUAUUGUGGAAUACAUCGUAUAACGUUGCACUGCUUUGUUCCACUGAAUAAGUGUACGCUUUAAAUGGAAAAUGUCUAAAAAGUCAAAAAAGAGAAGGCGCAGGAAGUCUUCAUGCUCCACUGAAGAAGAUGAGGCAUCCAAAGAACAAGAUAUUGCCAUCAAUUGUGAAACUGCCAAGAGGAAGCGAGAUGUAAACAGUCGGGAGAGCUUUGCAGCAAAACCAGGGAAUUUUGUUUCUUCUACUGUGAAAAAUAAUUCCCCAAGCACCCGCCAGGUCAAAAAGCCUGUCUACAGACUGGCAAAAACACAUGCCACAGGCCAUAAAACUGUUAAUAAAGACAAAGAAUAUACAACAAAAAGUGUCACUGAGCAGUUCCAUGGGGGAAACUGCUCUAGUAAACCAAGACUUGAAAUUUCAGGAAAAGAUAGUGGGAGCAAGACUGCGGAAAAGAGACCCUCGAAACCUUUGUUAACUGACACUGCAGGUACAGUUUGUCAGAGAACACAGAGAUUCUCUAAAGGCAGCUUAGAAGAAAGUUCUUCCCAGAGGAUCCCAUCAAAAUUAAAGCAGCAGCCAAAGAGUCUCAGUUUGGUUCCUGCCGAACAGAAAGAAUGGAAUGUACAGAAGAAGAGGAGAGCUGAGGAACCACCAAAAACUGGACAUGACUACAAAACUGUCAAGGCUUCCUCUGUCUCUAGAGAUUCUUUAAAGCAAAACAGAAUUGAACUGGUGAAAAAGUUCUGCCAAAGGCAUCACGAAAGUAAUUGUACAGGCAAAAUGAGCCUAUGUACAGAGUCAAAAAAUCCUUCUGUGUCUGUUUUGAAGGAGUCUUCCACUUCAGCCAAGCCCCCUGCCUCAGAGAGUAGCUUUAAGAAUGUCACUUCAGUCCAUAAGAGUGUCAAAUCAACAUCACAUAUGACAGCCAAGUCUUCAUUUUCUCAGAAACAAAUGUAUUCUCUCACACCAGCUCUGCCUCCAAAUUUUAAGAUGCCAAAAAAAGUUGAACCAAGGCAAGUCGAUUGCACCAGUGACAAUAAUGAAGCUAUUUCUACAAACACAAAUCUGAAACAUGGGAACAAGAGUUCAGAUUCUGGGGUCUCACUUAGAAUCUCCAAGCAUCAAACUGUUCAACAACCUCACAGCUGUUUGGAUUUCGCUCCCAGCUUUUCAUCUGAGGAACAAGAUAAAAGGUCAUCUUUGCCCAGCCAACUUCCAACUGUGUGCAGUACUGACACUGAGCCAUGGCAUGAUGAGAUGCAAGUGGUUGAAGAGCUUCACCUUGCCCGCUCUGAGAAGAGGUUGGAGGUGAAUGUAAUGCAGUGCUAUGGAGAACUGACCUGCAUGGACAUAGACCUCCCAGAAGAGAGAGCUACAAACACACACUGCAAACAACCCACUCAGCAAAAUCUAAUUCUCAUCCUGGACACCAACAUUCUUCUCAGUCACCUGGAUUAUGUGAAAAAGAUCAGACUGCAUGGCCUAGAAGUCCUGGGCUUCCCUGUAGUCCUGAUCCCAUGGGUGGUGCUUCAGGAGCUGGAUUCCCUGAAAAAAGGCAAAGGCCUAUCAGGGUCUGUUGCCCACCUUGCUGCUCCCGCCAUCUCAUAUAUUUACAACUCUCUGAAGAGCCGGGACCCACACCUUUGGGGGCAGUCUAUGCAACAGGCUACUGAGAGCAACAAAAGUCUGAAUGCUGAGAAUAAUGAUGACAGAGUGCUGCAAUGCUGCCUGCAAUAUCAGAGACUGUACCCAUGGUGUGCUCACAUCCUGUGCACUAAUGAUAAGAACCUCUGCAGUAAAGCACUCUUGAGUGGAGUGAGAGCCCUCAGCAAGAAUGAUUUGGAGGCUGAGGUUCAGAGAUCCAGAUGUGGCCUUCACCCUCUGCAGAGCAUGCAGAGUCCUGUGCUGCCUUGUUCGCCAGUCGAGCAACACAGUCAUAACAGAACAGGAUUUUCUGUCGGACUUGCAGAGAAGGAUAGCCAGCAGCCCACUGAGGAAACCAAGGCAAAUUUGAACCUUAGCAGAUGCAUUUCUGAACUAGAAAACUGCCUGCAGGAGGUGCUGUCUGAUGUGUUAGAGGUGGAGAUGAAGGCCGCCUAUGGAGAUCUGUGGUUGGAGAUAGUUUAUGUAAAACCACCAUGGACUCUCCAAGAUGUCCUGCAGUGUUUGAAAAAGCACUGGAUUGCUGUCUUUGGGAACAUUGUCCCACGAAGGAAGCAGCAAAAUGUUUUAAGUCUCAUCGACUUCUUCAACUCAGGUAAAACAAUGGACUGUAGCGCCACCUUAGUGGCCCUCCAAGAAGCUAAGGAGCUUGUGAAAGUGUUUGGGAAACGUUCAAGCCGUGUUCCCAGCGCCAUCUCUGUAAUGGACAACAUUACUGAUCAGCUACAACCUCAGGGGGAAGUUCCAGCUGGUGAUACUGACAUGAAAGAUGAUGAUGCUCAGAUCUCUCAUCAGGAAGUGUGGGCCCUGUUUGAGAACAUCUGGUUUAAUGUGUAUCAGAUGAGCUUGGAAGUAUUCAAAGCACUUGGCUUUGACCCUCACACCAUGCAGAAUACUCACCCAGUGGGUGCUCCUCCGCCACCACAGGAGGCAUUGGCCUAUUUGCACAAAUUGUCCUCCAUGGUGUCACAGCUGCUCCAAGCCUUCAGCAGUGUUUUGUUGUCGGCCCCAGGUAUGGAGGAAGUCCAGACACUGCUCAGCAUCAUCCAUGCUAAUGAAACUUUUAAUGUGGAUUCCAGAUUGACAGCCAAAGACCUGUGUGAUUGUUUUUCACAGCAAGACUACAGGGAGAAGCUGAGAGUUGGAGGGACCCAGUUAAUGGAGCUAAAAGAGGCCCUGGACCAUUGUGUUGGGGCCACAGGGCAAAACAUCAGCUUCGCGACAUAGCCCUGAAUGGACCAGUGUUGGGACAUUUACCAAACUGAUGCACUGAAUCACCUGGUAAACACCAAAUGUUAAAGGGAUCUAUAUAUGUUCACUGUGCCUUCUGUGACUGAACCCAUUUACAUUUUUUUAUUCCCACGUGUAUGUUAAAAGGUAAAACAUUUGUUAGACAGAGCUGGCAUUUUAACUUUUUUCAUUCCACUUCUCUGAAAAGAAAAAGCUCACCGCAGAAGAAAAAACAAGGGACUGCAGCUUCUCACUGGGUGCUUAUAAAUGACAGGAAAGCCUAGGGUCGAAAUCAGUGAGCAUUCAUAUUCACUUUAGCUUUUUACAUGUAAAAAUGUCUUCUUUUUUUUUUGAGAAAAGAUUGUGUAAAAAAAAAGUUCAGUAUUUACAACAGAAAUGUUUUUAAGCAUCUUUUUAGACUUUUUCAACUGCAUACUCCAUUGAUCUUUUGCAUAAAAGUGACUUUCAAACUAAGUUGCAGUUGCAUGUGAGUGGUUAAAUGUCCACGUCUUCACACCUCAAGCAUUAGCAUUACAAGUGCCAUGUGUAAACACACAGCUGACUGCAUGUGAGAGAGGAGCAGCCUCUCCCUCCUUUAAACAGAGACCGACGCAGGGAAAAUACAAUAGAAAAUCAAAGCAGGAUGUCUCCAUCAACCCCAGAGACUAUGCCUGGUGAUGGUUAAGGGAAGCAGAGGGUAUAAUGCUCGUUAGGUUCCGAUAGUGGAAGCGCAGCAUAUGUGCUGUGAUGGAUAGCCUGAUAUUAUGUGUGUGUGGUGACUAAGGAGAUCAGAGCUGCUGUGACACAUAGGCUAAAGCACCAGAUGUCACACAGGAGGAGGUGAAGGUAAAGAGGGAGUUCAGGAGAGAUAAACCAGGGCCAGUGCUGACCUGGAGUCACUGCACUUUGUCCCUUUAAUUCAUCACAGAGCAGAGUUGUUAAUGAAGAUUUUGUUGAGUUGUAUUGUUGGACAGACUGUCUUGUACAGCAUGCUCUACUUCAUACGUUUUGCACAUCUGACAUUCUAAAAUGUGUAGUGAGUUUUUGUUUUACUUCAGUUUAAAUCAUUUUCAUGUAGGAACAAUGUCAGCUGUCAUUUAAAAGUGGACCUUAUCUCUGUAUAAUCAAGUAUCUGGCUAAUGUGAAACAGCUUUUAUCAUUGAAGUGAUGGAAAUUUCCCUUCAUU